AUGCUACACUGCCUCCCGCACCGACAGACUACACCGGGGGGAGCUCGGCGUAGGCUCACGGGCUGUGCUGCUUUUACAGAGCCGAGGGCGGUACAUGUCACCUCCCCCAGCCUCUGCUCCAAGAGGGAGAGUAGCGUGUCCUACCAGGAGCUCAAGGACCUGAAGAAAGCAAACGUCCUCCACAUCGAUGUUCGAGAGAGGUGGGAGAUUGAGAGAGAUGGGAAAAUCCCGGCGUCCAUCAACAUACCAUUGAAUGAAUUAGUGGAAGCUCUGCAGAUGAAUCCAGCAGACUUUAAGGAGCAGUACAAUCAGAAGAUGCCUGCCAAGUCAGACCAUGUGGUUUUCUCCUGCUUUGCAGGAACAAGAAGUAGACAAGCACUGAGUUUUGCUGCAUCCCUGGGUUUCAGCAGAGUUCAGCACUAUGCUGGUGGCCUUGAGGACUGGGCAAAACAUGAAUCUCCAGAGAAAAAAUGAAGAUGACAUCCUCCAGCUCCUGCCCCACCUUCAGGAUGCUUUGUAGAUUUUAGCAUUCGAACUACCCACAUUCCACUUUCAGAAUACAAACCUUUCCCCUUUCCUCAUGGGCUUUUCAUUAGCCAUGCAUAUUAACUGCUUUGUUUAAAUUGAGGACUACGAGAUGAACAGAAGAUGUUAAAUUUGUUCAGCCUUUAAUUUACACUAUGUUAUUUGCUGGAAGAAAGUGACAAGAAUUUUAAUGUUUUUGGCUACUAGGAUUUUUGCAUGAUUUGCUUUAUGACUUUAAAUAAAUGGUGAUAGUAUGCAUAAAAUUAUCCUUCCCAAAAAACUUCAUUGAGUAUCUUGUUUAGAAUAACUGCAGUUUAAUGGAAUUGGUGUAAGUGUCCUAAGCACAGGUGUAUUAUUCUUCAUGUAUAGCUAUAUUUUUAAGUUUUUGCCAUGUUAUCAAGAGCAUACAAUGGGAAACUGACAUGCUGUUCAAAA